AUGUUUAUCCUGACUAGAUACAACACCUGUGCAGACCUGGCGUGUGACAGCACGUGCUUAUUUGACAACGUGGUCAUGCAGUAUUGCAGCCGUCUUCGACAAAUCCAAAGCAUCCUGACCCAGAGCAGCAAAUCUCAACCUGAUGGAAUCCUCUGCAUUUUAGGAAUCGAUAGCAGAUACAAUGAAGGCUGUAGGGAGCUGGCCAACUACCUUCUCUUUGGUUUGUAUAACCAGAAUAACGACUUUGAGAAAACUGGGUUUCCUGAAGAAGUUCUUGAUGAUGUAAUCAUAUUAAUAAAACCUGACAGUGUCCAUCUGUAUUGUAACCCUGUAAACUACAGUUAUCUUUUGCCAUAUGUGGCAUACUGGAGAAACUUGCAUUUCCAUUGCCUGACUGAAAAUGAGUAUGAAGAUGAAGAAGCUGCAGAGGAGUUUAAAAUUGCCAGCUUUGUAGACAUGGUUCGAGAUUGUAGUCGAAUCGGCAUUCCUUACAGCUCCCAAGGUCAUCUACAGAUAUUUGAUAUGUUCAUUGUAGAAAAGUGGCCAGUAGUGCAGGCCUUUGCACUGGAGGGGAUCGGUGGCGAUGGCUUCUUUACCAUGAAAUAUGAGUUAAUGGAUGUCAGCAUGGAUCUGUGGAAAACAUACAGCAAAAUGGAUCCUGUUUCCCUGGAGGACUUGCUUUUUGAGGAUUUAAUGACUUUCGAGCACCAAUGGACCAGCUUUUUUGCUAAUUUUGACACUGAAAUUCCUUUCAUCCUCGAGCUGUCAGAAUCUCAAGCGGGGGAGCCAUUCAGAAGUUACUUCAGUCAUGGAAUGAUUUCAAGCCAUAUAACAGACAACAGCCCUAGCAGACAGCCUUUUGUGCUGUUUGGUAACCACUCGAGUAAAGAGAACCUGAACUCUGGUAACUUUAAUUUUCCAUCUGAGGGACAUCUGGUUCGAAAUACAGGCCUUGGCGGAAGUACUGCUAAGCACAUGGCUGUACAGUGUGUAUCUCCCAAGGGACCUCUGGCUUGUUCAAGGACCUAUAUUUUUGGAACAACUCACAUUCCUUACCUGGGAAAUGACAAUGAGAUGCACGAGAAAACUAAACAAGUUAGGCUGUUGUCCCAAAUAUAUGCUGCUGUUGUGGAGGCUGUCCUUGCUGGUAUUGCAUGCUAUGCCAAAACUUCCAAUGCAACCAAGGCAAAAGAAACAGCAGAAGAAAUUCUUAUGUCUAUGCUUGAUUCCUUUCAUCUAACACAAUUUAAAACUGCAUUACGCUCCAAAAUAGCUUUUCAGAUUCAAGCUGUGAAUAAUCAUGGAAGAAUUAUUCCAUUGGAUAAUGAGGAUAGCCUGUACUUAGUUAAAACGGCGGCUAUGACAAUCUAUGACAUUCCAGAUUUACUCGGAGGAAGGGGAUGCUUGGGAUCUGUUGUCUUCUCAGAAUCAUUUCUGGCAUCACAGAUAUUUAUAAAGGAAAAAGAUGGCAGUAUUAAUACAGAAACCAGCUACAUCAUUCUUACUGCAGCUAUCCCAAGAUAUGUUUCUUGGCUGGUAGAAGAUAAUGAAGUGAAACUGUCUGAAAAGGCGCAGCAAAUAGUGAAGGAAGAUGAAUCCUUCCUAGGCACUUUCCUCACAGGAGGUGAUGGAGCAUAUAUUUAUUCUAGCAGUUCACAGGUCAUGCCUGAGGAAGGUAAAUUAUACUUCUUUUCAGAUGGCAUUCUGUUUUCCCAUCCCCAUCAUGGGAGCAUUACUGUUUCAAAGAAUCAUAUGGAUUCCAUUAAGUUCUAUGAUGGGGAUUCUACCAGUGUUGUGGCUGCUCUUUUUAUAGACUUCAAAAGUUCCUUGCUUGCUCAUCUACCAGUUCAGUUCCAUACCCCAAGCAACUUCCUGAUGAUUGGACUUUUCCCAAAAUCAAAGAUCUAUAAAGCUUUUUAUUCACAGGUUUUCUCCUCAUGGCAACAGACAAACUCAGGAAUAUCUUUAAAGGUGAUCCAGGCAGAUUUCCUAUCUGUAGAACAAAAGAGAUUACUCUCCAAUAUGCAGAAGCUAUGUAAUGCCUUGUCCUAUCCUGCUGGGGAAAGAUGGAGCCAACUAAAAAUGGCCGCUAGCCUCCCAGAACUAGAGAGGUUUCUGCAACACUUUGCGGUCAGCAGUAUAAGUCGUGAGCCAGUAAUGAGAGCACACCUUCCUAUUUUGUUACAACAGUCGGAAAGCAUUCCUGUUAGCAAAGCAGAAAAUGAUAAGGUGGUUAUCACUAUUAUAACAGGGCUUCCAGGCUGUCACUCCAGUGAUCUGUGCGCUUUCCUGGUCACUUUUAACAAGGAGUAUGGAAGGUGGGUUGUUUAUCGGCAAACUAUGGAUAGCCCUGAAUGUUUCAGUGCUGCCCACUUUCAGCGUUACCUUUCAAGUGUUCUUGAGUCCCAGCAGAACCGCAGCGCACGUCAGUCCAGUUACAGUAGAAAGAAAAUGAGGCUGUUGGUGGUCUUGCAAGGAUAUACAGAUGUUAUUGAUGUUGUACAGGCACUGGAGACUCACCCUGACCCUGAUGUGAAGUCCUCUUUCAUCAUAGGAACAAUUUCUACUUGCGUAGAACCACUUAGCUGCUAUAUGGAACAUAGAUUCCUUUUUCCUAAAUUCCUGGAUCAGUGUUCACAAGGACUGGUGAGCAAUGUGGUCUUCACAAGUCAUACUACAGAGCAGAGACACCCACUCCUUGUACAACUUCAGAGCCUCAUACGAGCAGCAAAUCCUGCUGUUUCAUUUAUCUUGGCAGAAAAUGGCCUUGUAACUAGGAAUGAGGAUAUUGAGCUAAUUCUCUCUGAAAGCAGUUUUUCAAAUCCUCAGAUGAUGAGAGCUCGCUAUUUAAUGUAUCCUGGCUGGUAUGAUGGUAAGUUUGGAGCUGGUUCCGUCUUCCCACCAAUGGUUCAGAUCUGUGUGUGGUUUAGCCGUCCUCUGGAAAAAACACGAUUUGUGACCAAAUGUAAAGCAAUUAAGUCAUCAAUUAAGUCAAGUCCUUUUUCUGGAAACAUAUACCACAUUUUGGGCAAAGUUAAGUUUUCAGAUUCUGAUAAGAUGAUAGAAGUCUGUCAUAACACAUCAUCUAAUUCAUUAAGCCUUGUGCCUGUUCAGGAGGGGCCUACUCCUCCUGAUUCAAGAAAUGAUAACCGAGAUCGCAGCGGUCAGCAAGAGUGCUUCCUUGUGUUCAUUGGCUGCUCUCUUAAGGAAGAGGAUAUAAAAGACUGGCUCAGACAAACUGCAAAGCAGAAACCUCAGAGGAAAGCCCUGAAAACCAGAGGAAUGCUGACUCUGCAGGAGAUCAAAAACAUUCAUAUGAAACGCCACUUGGAUCCACUUCCAGCUGGUUACUUUUACAAUGGAACUCAGUUUGUGAAUUUCUUUGGGGACAAGAUGGAUUACCAUCCAUUAAUGGACCAAUUCAUGAACGACUACUUGGAAGAAGCUAACAGAGAAAUCGAAAAGUACAACAGAGAGCUAGAAGAACAAGAAUAUCAUGACCUCUUUGAGCAGAAGACAUAA